CAUGUUAUGAGAUUUGCUGAAAUGACUCAAGAUGUAUUGAUUACAAGACCAACUCCAGUAUCAACGCCAACCAUAUUAGGCUUAAAAUCAGGAAGAGGCAAUAUCUAUCGGGAAGCUGUCAAACAGGCUAAAGAACAAAGAGUUCCAGUAUCUGAGAUUUUGGCACCAGUAGUUUACAGUUUGGGUCCGGAAUUUCCCCAGCUUAUUGUUCAUACUUCUGAUGAUGAAUCAGUUUAUAUAAAUUUGAUUGAAUUCCUCGGGAAUAGAAUAGCACGUAGAAAUUCCUUUGUUCAAGACUUAGUUCGAAGGCAGGAAGAUUUCAGAAAGAAUUUGAUGGAUAUAGAUAAAGAAAAUGUCCAACUAAAACAGGAAAAAAUUAUUUUACAAAUGGAUUUGGAUGCUCGUGAACAACAAGUUAGAUCCUUGGAAAGAAAACUUUCUGCAUCAGAACAGACUGUAGAAAUGUUACAGAAACAAUUAUCAGAUGCCAAGAAUGAAGUAGAAGCUGCAAAAUUUCAGAUGAGCACCAAAGAUAAAAUCCUCUCUGAGCAAGAAAAAGAAGUUCAACAUGUUAAAUUAAAAAUGCAAGAAAAGCUAGCUCUAGAAAAGGAUCGCAUGAGAAGAAUAAUGGAGAAGAGAUUAGCUGCUAAACAAGCGGAAUUAGAAAGAAAAAUGUGUAUCACCGAUGAAAAAUUUCGUCAGUUACGAGAAAUUCUUAAUGCUGAUGAUUGGGAAUAUUAUGGAGAUAUAUUUGGUGGUGCUGCUGCUGCUCCAGCACAAUCUAGUGUCACUUCAUCUUCAACAUAUGAAUCAACUAAGCCUGAGACAAGGUCAUCUAAGAGGCAUAAAUCUUCUCUUGAAGAACCUUCAGUUCCAGAAACAAAAUUUUCUAAAGCAAAAUCAGCAUUUGAUCUUGGAGUUGGCAAACAGAAUGCUUCCACUUUUCAAGCAGAUACUGAUUAUACUUCUGGGAAAGAAAAUAAACCACCAAGCACAUCUCAGAGAAGUAUAGCUAUUGCAAAUCCCCGGCACAGAAGGUCUCAGUCCAGUUCUGGUGAUGUAUGGAUAGAACACAAACCUGUAGGAAAUCUUGAACUAAACACUGUUUUACAACCUACUAUGAGGAAAAAGAAAUCAGUUAGUAAGUUAGAAGUAAAAGAUGUCAUGAAGUCUGAUGUCUCAAAAUAUGUCCUUGAGCAUCAAGAGCAGGAUUCACAGGGAGAAGUAGAAACACAGCUCUAUAAGGCUGAUGUGAUACCAUCUGCUGGAGGUGGAGUUCAAGUAGUUUUCAAUGAUGUUGAGAAAUUACGACAAGUGUCACCACCAGCAUAUAAUUUAAGGUUAGUUCCUAACUUUCUUAUAUUAUCAUUAAUGUUUAUAGUAGAAUUCUAA